AAUGCGAAAUGAAUGCAAAGAACUUGCUCUCUGCUUAAUAACAGAGUUGGAAUCACGUGGGGAGCACUGGCAGACCUGCAACCACUGAAGAGGUGCAAAAAUACUUGAACGCUGUGAGGGAGAGCCUGGGAGCUCUGCAAACCUUGCCAGGACUCCCCCAGCUCCCCACAUCGCUAUUUCUGAAUGUUGUCCUGCCUUCUUCUUGCAGGUUCAUCCGGCUGGUUCCUCAGACAGAGAUAUCGUGGUUCUGAGAUGAGCCCCUGAGCAGCAGAGACCUAUCGCUUGUGCAGUCCCUGAAGCGUGACCGGGGCAUCACGGGGCACGGCAGGGAAACCCACCUUAGCUCUGAGCACCAUAAUAUGCUUUUUCCAUCCAUGCUGCUUCAUUUCCUUGUCUGGGCCACCAGCUGGUGAGAUGGCACAGCGCGGCGAGCUCCAGCCAAGCUUUGAGGACGUUUUUAAUAUUCUAUCCCAGCUCCCAAAAGAUAAACUCCUUAGCCUCGAAUAUAACCUGAAGCGCUUAGUAUUUAGGCCCGGCAGCAAAUUACUGCAAGCCAUGGUCCUGCUUACUCUGGGGAAAAAAGCGGAUGCAAGAAUUUGUUUGGGUGCCUUGGGAGAUAACCGGGCAGCCCAGUAUGUCCAUCAGACCAAACUGGGUGCUGCAGGAGUGCAGGAGGACGGGGAGGAUUUGCAGCCUCCCCAGCUGGAUGCAGGAGCCAUGAUGCUUCUGGCACAGAUCUACUCAGUGUUGGUGGAGGAAAAACUCUGCAGUCAUGAAGCCAUGGACAAAGCCUGCCAGGCUGCCAGCAAAGCCUGCAACGCCAACAAGGAAACUCAGGGGGACACGCUCAACAGCAUCCCACUUAAGGACCAGGAAAACGGCUCUGCUCUCAGCAUGGACCCGAAUGACAAAUUUCAGACACUGAAAUCUGAUGUGGGUGUAGGAUUUCUCCCUGUGGCCAGCCCAAACUACAUGGUGAGAAGUUCUCCAGUGCAGAUUGGAGGCAACUCAAACCUUUCAGGCCCACACAGCCUGGAUUCCUUGGGGAAUUCCUCUUUCCCCAGUUGCUUUGAGAUCAGUGCGUCGCCAACAGUUGGUUUUCGCAGCCAGCCUUCCUCCCACGAGCGUGUCCCCCAGCCCAGCCAGCUGUGCGAGGGGAGCACCAGGGGUGCUGGACAGCCUGACAGGGACAGACAGAGCCACAGCCCGCAGGAAACAAGCUGGGCCAGCAGACCCAACUCUCAUCCCAGGCAGGACACGGGUGCCCAAGUGCCCCAACUGCAGAAAGUUUGGCAGGUCAGUUCGUGUCGUCCACCUCUUCCUGAAACGCCCACGAGUGCUCUGAACCAACCUCUCGAAAGCAGUGAUGUUUCCAGCACAGUGGCAGCAGAACUUCAUGUGCCAAAAGAAAACACAAGCAAAAAGCAAGAUGAAGAGCAAUUAUCUACAGGUCUUCCUGACUCAAGAGCUACAGGGGAUACUGGUCCUGCCCGCAUGUCCAGGGAAGAGACCUAUGUUCCAGCAGUCACUCCUAACUCCACAUCUGCUUCCAUUUCAACCUGUUCCCUUCCUCCUCCUACCUACCCCGUCUCCUCAACCCUUCCUCCUCAUCAGGUUACUCCUUCCAGUUUAUCACAUCCCACUCCCCUCCACUCAUCCCCUUCUCCAGCCUGGCCUCCUCCUCUCCAGACUAUAGAACCAGUGCCACCAUCAGAGCCAGACAGUGGAAAGUUCUUCACUUUUGUUGUCCUGCAUGCUAGUGAAGAUGAGGUUGUUGCCCAUCGGGUCAAGGACCUGCUGGAGAACAUGGGAGUUCCCAACGGUGCCACACUCUGUGAGAACUUCUUCAUUGCUGGCCGCAGCCAUCUGACUUGCUUCCAGGAUGCUAUGGAAAACUCUGCUUUCAUCAUCCUCCUGCUGACCAAGAACUUCCCAUGUGACCUGUGUAUGUUCCAGACAAACACUGCUCUGAUGGAGUCCAUCCUGAAACCAUCUAAGCGUGACUCAGUCAUCCCUUUUGUACCCAAGGAGAACCCCCUGGAACGGAGUCAGAUUCCCAGCACGCUCGGCGGGCUGAUGCCCUUGGAUGAAAACUCUCCUGGGUUCUCCAAGACAGUGCAGAACACCUUUACCACCAGCAGGAUCCAUGAGAGGAAAGUCAUGUGGGACCUGAUGCAGAGAAAGAAACUACAGCUGUAUCAGGAACGGUAUCAAACACUGCACAGCUUGGCUGCUCUGAACCUUGGCUCCCUUCCCCAGGCGCCUCCAUCAGCAACACAGCUGCAGCUGCUGGAGCAAUCACCCCAACAGUGGUGCCCCCCUGCUUCGACUGUCCCUCCCACCACAUACCCACCUCCCCCAGCUGGGGUGGCUCAGAUGGGUCCCCCACCUUCCCAACCAAUUCACCUCCCAGCAGGCCACUACAACAUGAUGCCAGGUCCAGGAGGCACCUCCCACCUCAUCAUUCAACACGCUCGAAUGGUUCAGAUUGGGGACCACAACACGAUGCAUAUAGAAACUGCCCCACCAGGUCCACAGGACAGUGAGGAAGAAACCAGGCAGAAUGCUUGAGCAGAGAUGCAGCAGGUCAGCCAAGGCCACAGACACUCACACCUAGUUUCACCCCCCUAGAUUAUAGUGAUUCUGCUGGGACUGUUAUUCUUAUUUCACUGUGGGUAAAAGGUGCCACUUUCUUGGAGCACAGGAGAAAAUUACCUUUUUUUUUUGUUGGACAGAAGAGGCUGCGAUCUCCUGAGACUCUUUAUCUUGUGCUUAUUUUCAAGUAACUGAGAAAAUGAUUUUCCUGAUUUUCUGAAGCUA